CGUGUGCGCAUGCGCACGCCAGCGUCGACGCCGAGGAAGGGCGGUGUGGCGGCCGCAAGCCCUUUUAACAGGAAUGUGUUUCUGAUCAUCUGAAUCUCAACCAUGUUGUCAAACUGCUUACAUUUCCAAAAAAUUACAAGCACUCAUCUUCUAUCUUCAAGAUUAUGCCAGCGAUUAAAAAAUGAAAGGUUUUUCGGAACUGUGCCAACAUCCAGAUUGCACAGAAGAGUUGUCAUUACAGGCAUUGGUUUAGUGACUCCUCUUGGUGUUGGAACCCAGCUAGUAUGGGAUCGUCUUCUCCGAGGAGAAAGUGGAAUUGUUCCACUGCUUGGUGAAGAAUAUAAGAGUAUUCCUUGCAGUGUUGCUGCUUAUGUGCCAAGAGGUUUUGAUGAAGGUCAGUUUAAUGAACAAAACUUUGUGUCCAAAUCAGAUAUUAAGACCAUGUCUCCUCCCACUAUCAUGGCCAUUGGGGCAGCAGAGUUAGCCAUGAAAGAUUCUGGCUGGCAUCCUCAGUCAGAAGCUGAUCAAGUGGCUACUGGUGUUGCAAUUGGCAUGGGAAUGGUUCCUCUUGAAGUUGUUUCUGAAACUGCUUUGAUAUUUCAGACAAAAGGUUAUAAUAAAGUCAGCCCAUUCUUUGUCCCUAGGAUUCUGAUUAAUAUGGCAGCAGGCCAGGUCAGCAUUCGACAUAAUCUCAGGGGCCCCAAUCAUGCAGUAUCAACAGCCUGUACCACAGGAGCUCAUGCCCUGGGAGACUCUUUUAGAUUUAUAGCCCAUGGUGAUGCCGAUGUGAUGGUGGCUGGAGGUACAGAUUCUUGUAUUAGUCCUUUAUCUCUUGCUGGGUUUUCCAGAGCCCGGGCUCUGAGCACAAACUCAGAUCCUAAGUUGGCAUGUCGACCAUUUCACCCAAAGAGAGAUGGUUUUGUAAUGGGAGAAGGUGCAGCUGUGCUGGUGCUGGAAGAACAUGAACAUGCUGUUCAAAGAAAGGCCCGGAUCUAUGCAGAAGUUUUGGGCUAUGGACUCUCAGGUGAUGCUGGUCACAUAACUGCCCCUGAUCCUGAAGGAGAAGGUGCAUUAAGAUGUAUGACUGCUGCUAUAAAAGAUGCAGGUGUUCAACCUGAAGAUAUAUCCUAUGUCAACGCACAUGCUACUUCCACACCGUUGGGAGAUGCUGCUGAAAACAAAGCUAUCAAACAUCUCUUUAAAGACCAUGCAUAUGCCCUUGCAGUUUCCUCAACGAAGGGAGCCACCGGACAUCUUCUGGGAGCUGCAGGGGCAGUUGAGGCAGCUUUUACUGCAUUGGCUUGUUAUUACCGAAAACUACCACCUACUUUAAACCUGGAUUGCACAGAACCAGAAUUUGAUCUCAAUUAUGUUCCACUAAAGGCACAGGAAUGGAAAACUGAUAAACGCUGUAUUGGACUCACCAAUUCCUUUGGUUUUGGGGGUACUAAUGCAACACUUUGUAUUGCUGGCAUGUAGGAUAAGUCAUUUUUAAUUAAACAUUGGUUUUUUAAAUGUU